GCCGGAAGAAGGCGACGCCAGAUCCAUCUGUGCAAGGGCGGGCUCCCAGCCAGGAUGCAUCCAAGCCCAAGUCCAUCGGAGAAUCCAGGCGGGUCAAGGGCCAGCCAGAUGCAGAGGUGAAGCCCACGGAUGAUGAAGAUCUAGCUGGACAGUGUGAAGUCGCACCCACGGACCAGAAAGUGGUGCAAGAAUCACAAGCUGGAAAGCAAGAGGGGACCGAGCCAGCAAAAGAAAUUGAGGAGGAUGGAAGGGCUGUCCCUCGAGAGCCGAGUGCGAGGUCUUCUGGCCAG